AUGCUCGCGCGCAGUGAAACGAUUGUCCAAACGCGCGACUUCAACUACAUCGGUCCAGACUGCCACAGUUUCAUAAGAUGCUGCUUGUGCCACUGUUAUACGCCUUUUAUUUUUUACAUCGUAUCGAAAAAAGCGCUAGACAUGACCGCCAAAAUGCUGCCCCCACAACAUAACUUCUUUUGCGUAAACUGUCUUCCUAAACCACGGACGACGGGGAAUGCGGCGAAUGAACUGUAUCAAUCUGGCAGCUUGUUGAACAACCCCGAGUUUCUGGCCAUGUUCCAGGGAUAUGAAUAUUAUAACCCGUACUAUGAAAAGUUUGCCACCAAAAAACGUCUCAUCAUCACCGAGCACAGCAAAAUAUAUUCCAACUACAAGGACAUCGCUCGCAAACCACUACCGGCCGAUGUAAAAAUAAGGAAGCUGUAUAAACUUUUCCCGCCGAUACAUCAAAUCGAUUUCCAGAAGUAUGCAUCGAUGACCGAAAUGUACACAGAGCUUCGUAAGAAGUACAAGGCGAUACGUAUGGCCUACAAUACCGGCGUCAGCCAUUCGUUUUAUGAUGGUUACGAUAUGCUGGUUGAACGGACCCCGUUUCGAAAUACGCAAACGAUACGGGACCUGUCACGGGGAGGUGUAAACCAGUCAAGCUUAUUUGCUACAGAUACGCUCUUGAUGCGCACGCAAGGAUCGGAUCUAUUGGGUAGUAUCGGUGGAAGUGACGUAGAUGAUGCCACUUCGGUACAGUUUAGCUCGCAAUCUUUGAACGACGAAGAGCAGCAUCAGUUGCAACUGUCCGAAAGCCAACAAUCGGUAUCACAAUCGAUACACAGUUUGCAUCUGUCCGUAAGCCAAAAUUCGACAGUACCAUCGGUAUUCAGCUCCCAGGAUGUACAGCUGCAACCUUCAUACGGUUCGAUCGAUAUUAGUUCGCAAGAUGUUGAGGUCGAACCGUUACUACCACUGUCUGAGAGCAUCAGAAGUAUCUCGCCCAAUAUCAGCGAAUCGUCUAUUAUCAGCUCCGUACCGCGGUUAAGCGUCAGAUCAUUGCAUGGUUUUAAUGACUCACAGGAAGCGGGACCGAGUGGUUUGCAGCAGCAACAGCAGGAAAGCGUCCGAGGUGCGCCACGUGCUAAACGUCGCCGUUUGUCAUCGACUCCCGUCAAUCCAACACCCCAGGAAGCGCAAGCGUCCCGUAGCUCGCGAGUGAGACUGCCGAGAAUGCCUGGAGGAUAG